AGCAUCUGUCCAAAGUCCUUAAUAUUGUCUAGAUCCUGUCCAACGGGUACCACAACCAGGCUAGUUGAGCAGAGUGUACACAAUGAAGCGGCUCAGGGAAUAAAUGGAAGUGUGCCAGUCAAACGGUCCCCACGUUCAGCUUCAAAUCCAAAGCCACAAGUGCCUCCAAAGCCAGUUCAUCUGCAGAAGGCGUCACCUGUUACAUACCAAACCCCCAGGCAUAAAGCUUUAUCAAAUCAGAAACGGAGGAUGGAGGAGGAGGCACCCACCCCUGUUUCUAGUGUCGCAAAGGAAAAGUCCAGUAAAGUGUCAGAUCUCAUCAAUCGUUUUGAGGGAGGCAGCCCGUUAAAUCCUAGUGAUUUGAAGAAAGAUUCCUCUGUUCUCCACAUUCCUAAAUCUCAAGGAAGAUAUGGGUCAACACCAUCACCUCAGCCAAAACUCCCCUCCCAACACCCACUACAAAAACAGGGAAACAGUAAUACCGACAAAACUCAGGUUGCACAGAUACACACAGCCAAUGGAGUAGUAGCACCAGACCAGACAGAAGAUGAGGACCAGAGAUUACCUGAUCGUGGCUCCGCUGUGUCCACCUCGGUCCCAGAUAAUGCCGUCAACAGCACACUGAUAAACGGAGAAAGUACUUCCAGAGAGUCAUUGCAGAGUAUGACUGCCUGUGAAGGACAAAUGCUUAACAGCUGCUACAGGACUCCAAGCAGUGAUACGCUGCUCCCGUCUGACAAUGAAACUCUAGCAAUUAAUACUAAUGUGAAGGAAGAACCGACUGAGGAAGUCACUAAGCAAGAUCAACCUGUAGAAACAAAGGAAACAGAUGAACAGAAACGUCACAAAAUUGCCAGUGAACUUCUACAAACAGAAAAGGCCUAUGUUAGCCGGCUUGACCUACUAGAUGGGGUAUUCUAUUCCAGACUCCUUGAGGAAGCCAACAGAGGUUCAUUUCCAGCUGAAGUGAUUAACAAAAUCUUUUCUAAUAUUUCAUCAAUAAAUGCCUUCCACAGUAAAUUCUUACUUCCAGAGCUUGAAAAAAGAAUGCAAGAAUGGACUACCACCCCCAGAAUCGGAGAUAUUCUGCAAAAGUUAGCUCCUUUCCUCAAGAUGUACGGAGAGUAUGUGAAGAAUUUUGAUAACGCAAUGGAAUUGGUGAAGACGUGGACUGAACGGUCACCUCAGUUCAAAUACAUUAUUCAGGAUAUUCAGAAGGAAAAAGUGUGUGGAAAUUUGACAUUGCAACAUCACAUGCUAGAACCAGUACAACGCAUUCCACGCUACGAGAUGCUUCUAAAGGACUACCUAAGGAAAUUGCCUCAGGAUUCUCUAGACUGGAAAGAUGCUGAAAAAUCCCUGGAAAUUAUAUCCACUGCAGCAAGUCACUCUAAUAGUGCAAUAAGAAAAAUGGAGAACCUAAAGAAAUUGUUAGAGAUAUACGAAAUGCUGGGAGAAGAGGAAGACAUUGUGAACCCUUCAAAUGAACUGAUAAAAGAAGGACAGAUCCUUAAACUGGCUGCUCGUAAUACGUCUGCUCAAGAACGGUAUCUUUUCCUAUUUAACAACAUGUUGCUCUACUGCGUCCCCAAAUUCAGCUUGGUAGGAUCAAAGUUCUCAGUGCGAACCAGAGUUGGCAUAGAUGGUAUGAAGAUUAUAGCAACUCAUAAUGAAGAAUAUCCACACACUUUUCAAGUGUCUGGAAAAGAGCGAACACUGGAGUUGCAGGCCAGUUCUGAACAAGAUAAGGAAGAAUGGAUAAAGGCCCUUCAGAAUACUAUAGAAGCUUUUCAGCAGAGGAACGAAACUUUCAGAAACGCUAUUGCUAAAGAAUAUGAGGACAUGCCUGUUGAGGUUUCUAACGCUGAGCUUGGGAAGAGAGCACCGAGGUGGAUACGAGACAACGAAGUCACCAUGUGCAUGAAAUGCAAGGAGCCCUUUAACGCGCUGACAAGGAGAAGGCACCACUGCCGAGCAUGUGGACACGUGGUUUGCUGGAAAUGUUCUGAUUAUAAGGCACAUCUCGAAUAUGAUGGCAAUAAAUUGAACAAAGUUUGUAAGGACUGCUAUCACGUUAUAAUUGGUUGUACAGACAGUGAAGAAAAGAAGAGGAAAGGCAUCUUAGAGAUUGAAUCUGCAGAAGUCUCUGGGAAUAGUGUCAUAUGUAGCUUUCUUCAGUACAUGGAAAAAUCCAAGCCCUGGCAGAAAGCAUGGUGUGUUAUACCUAAACAGGAAGCUCUUGUGCUGUACAUGUACGGUGCUCCACAGGAUGUCAAAGCUCUGGCUACAAUCCCACUUCUGGGCUAUACCGUAGAUGACACUCCGAGAAGUGCUGACCUCCCACACAGCUUCAAACUGACCCAGUCUAAGUCUGUGCACAGCUUUGCUGCGGACAAUGAGGAACUAAAACAGAAAUGGCUGAAAGUUAUCCAUUUAGCUGUCAAAGGUGAGACAUCAGAAUGUCAAAAUGAACUGCAAAUGAAUUUAGAAGAGCAACCUGAAUCUUCUAAAACAUCUGGAUGCUGAAGCUCAAGAACACAUGGUAUUUUUAAAAGAUUUCAAUUGAAUUUGUGGUUAAC